AGUUCUGCCGUUUGCGCUCGAAGCUUUGACAUACGUACGUUACGUAGUACAUAUUGUGCGGCUCUUCCACUCAUUUGAAGGGCGAUGGUGCGCAUCGCCGCGGCAGCCCUCGCCUUCACCGCGUGCCGCGCGCUGAAGACCGAGCCCAGCACCAUGUCCGAGUCCUUGGAGCAGCCCAUGCCCGGCGACUUCAGGGCGCUGGGCCAGACGGGCAAGGCGAUGACCGACAGCGACGGCGUCUUCCAGUUCGGCGGGGAGGUCGCGGCGGCAGAGGCGGCGGCGAUGAAGGCCAGGGAGGAGGCCGCGGCGGCCUUGGCGGCGGAGGGCAGGGACGCCCAGCUCUCCGCGCGGGUGAUGGACGCGGAGGCCAGGCACGCGGAGGCCCAGGUUGCCAAGGAGGACAAGGAGCAGAGGAUGCUCGAAAAGGUGAUGGACUCCAUGGGGCACGAGGCCGACGCGGAAGAGCGCUCCGUGGACGCCAUGGAGCAGAAGCUGAGGCAUAUGGAGAGCGUCGUCAGGCACGACCUGACAGCCACCGGGAAGAAGACCGAAGAUACUGAUAUGUCUCCGCACUGGGUCAUCGAUCCGAAAGUCGAGCUCGAGGAUAAGAUCGAGCGCAAGAUGGAUGCGGAGCUCGAGAAAGAGGAGGGCCAGGCUGCAAAAUUGAUGGUCCAGGCGCGCAAGCAGGUGGACGCUGCCCUCGCAAAGGAGAAGAUGUACAUGCACCACCGCUCCUCGGUGGAGCACGAGACCCAGGUGAAGCUUGACGCGGAGGCCGACGCCCUGCGCAAGGAGGCGGCCGAGAGCGGCACCCUGUCUGAGGAAGACACGCUGCAGCUGCUCGACAUCAGCAAGCAGGACUUGGACAACAUCACCAUCACCCUCGCUGGUUUCGCGAAGCAGCGACCUGAUCAGAUGACCGCGGUCUGGAUCGAGGAGAAGCUCGACAGCUCGCGCUCGAAGAUCGCCAUCGCCUCCUCCAAGAUGGUCGAGGCCAUCAAGCACAAGGUGGAGCUCUUCAAGAACCACCACCAGGAUUAUGACGACCACCAGUUCUUGGGACUGCUGUCUCGCACGCUCAACGAGACCAUGGGUGAGAUCAGGACGUUCGAGGAAACGAAGGGUUACCUGAUGAACAAGUUCCAGGGCUGGGACAAAGCCAACGGCGAGAAGCUCACUCUCAGCUUGGCCCAGGCCAUCCAAGGAGUGACAGGCAGCGUGGAGUUCAAGAGCCACCUCCUGCGGAUCGACACGGCCCGCUUGGUCGACACGCAGUCGACACACGAGGCAUGCGCCACCCUCACCAACUUGGUCUCCACCGCCAUGGUCCCAGCCUACCAGAGCCUGUCGCAUCAGAAGGAGAAGCUCGACAACAUCAGCAAGAUCGUGCCAAGCGUCACCGGGAAGUUUCCGACGUUCAUUCAAGACAGGAUGGGCGCUCGCGCCGCCCCGCUGCUGAACAUGGCCUACGUGGAGAACCUGGCGCUCAAGGAGGUUGCCAUGGGUAUCGUGCAGGAGGCCUCGCCGGUCGUCGUGAGCCGCCUGCACUGCACCGUGCACAGCGCCUCCGUGCGCUCGGGCUUCGGUGUCGUCGCCGUCGUCGCCGCCCUGGUGGCCUGGCUGGCGUAGUGAGGGGAUGGCUGCGGCUGCCUCGCCUGCAGAAGGAGAGAGAGAGAGGGAGACGGGGGGAGGGCCUGCGAGCAGCCGCCCGCCCUCCCGGAGGCCCUCCCCGGGCGCCUCGGGAGGCCGCCCCUCCCGCGCCGACCUCGCCUGAGCAGCAGGGCCCGACCUGCAGUGGAGGCCCAUGCCAAGAAGCACCCUAGGCUCGUGUCCUCUCCGAUGUCGUCUCCACUCAGUCUCCACUGUACGUACCUGCGUGCUGUCCGGAGAGCGUGCUGAACACGCCCUGGAUUAUACGAUGCAACUGCGGCUUGCUGACUUCGCUCGUUUCAUUUUGCCAUGCUAAGUUUGCCUCGUUCUGAGAUGUAUCCGUUGCGCGGACACUUCUGAUCCAUCGGGGGCGUGACGGCCUAUCCGGGGAUGAGCUGCGGUAUGCAUAG